UGGAAAAAUCUGAGCUCUGGGUGUACAAGCGACAGGGGGAUGAAGGCAUGGAUGCAGGAGACGGACUCCCAGCAGAGUCUGACCACAAAAAGAAGAGGGACUCUGGUUCGGGUAAAAAAAAGACAGAUGGAAGUGGCAGUGACAAUUACAGAGAUGUGAAGGAGAUUCUGCUGCGUCUCAGCAAACUUUGUGUACAGGAAGGACCAUCAGGGAAGAAGAGUAAGAAACAGCAGCAGAGGUUGUUGAGGAACAUGGGAGCUCAUUCAGUGGUGCUUGAGCUGCUGCAGAUCCCUUAUGAGAAGGGUGAGGAUGUUCGAAUGCAAGAGAUUAUGAAACUGGCUCACGAGUUUCUUCAGAACUUCUGUGCAGGCAACCAGCAGAACCAGGCUCUGCUCCACAAACACAUCAACCUGUUCCUCAACCCUGGG